CAUUACCAGCAAAAUGGCUUUUCAUUCCCUGCUCCUCCUGGGCCUCGCCAGCCUGCUGUUUGUGUCUGAGGCCGCUCCUGUGACCCAUGGAGCUGAAGAUUCCAAAUGCCCUCUGAUGGUUAAAGUUCUUGAUGCGGUCCGAGGAAGCCCUGCCGUCAAUGUGGAUGUGAAAGUGUUCAAAAAAUCUGAGGAGCAAACUUGGGAGCCCUUUGCAGUUGGGAAAACCAACAAUUAUGGAGAGAUCCAUGAACUCACAAAUGAUGAAAAAUUUGGAGAGGGUUUAUACAAGGUGGAAUUUGACACCCUCUCCUAUUGGAACGCCCUUGGUGUUUCCCCGUUCCAUGAGUAUGCAGAC